AUGGAAACAUUCUCCCAGCGGCUGGCCUUCACUGGCCUGCGCCCUCUCCGUUCGACCAACCUAUCCUCCUACCGCUCCUGCAAGACCUUGAGUGCCUCUCUGAAGAGCACGAGACCUCUGUCUACCGUCAGGUUGACUCACCGUUCUCCCAGAGGCAUCCGAUGCCUGGCGACCCCGGCGUCGUGGCGUCAAGUUCGAGCUCCUGCGGGCACGAUACGCUUCGUAUCAACCAAGCAACUCCCCAACAACCAGGGCCCUCUCGUUCGUUUCAUGUACAGGCUUUUUGCCUGGACUGGAAUUUUCAUUGUCGUUUCCGGCAGUUUGGUCCUGGCAUUCUUCAUCUACGAUGCUUCGACCUACUCGGAGGAGCCGGAGAGGAUGGGCGACAUCGCGGUGAACGAGAAAGCUUUGUUCCCUAGAAGAGGCGGUCCCAAGAAUCUGCCCAUCGCAGAGAUAUUAAUCGAUGACGAAGAUUGCGAUGAAAUGAAAGCACAGAAGGAGAAGCCCAAAUUGGUCAUCCUAGGAACAGGCUGGGGCAGCGUUGCCAUGUUGAAAGAGCUAAAUCCAGGAGAUUACCACGUCACGGUGGUUUCGCCGACCAACUACUUCCUCUUCACGCCAAUGCUUCCCUCUGCCACCGUUGGAACGCUGGAAUUCCGUUCCCUUACUGAGCCAGUCCGCAGAAUUGUCAAUCGUGUGAGAGGACAUUUUCUACGGGCCCAGGCUGUCGACGUGGAGUUUUCGGAAAAGCUGGUCGAGGUCAAGGCCAUCGAUGAUCGAGGGAGAGAACAGAGCUUCUACCUGCCAUACGACAAGUUGAUCGUCGGUGUAGGCGCGACCACAAAUCCACACGGCGUCAAGGGUUUGGAGAAUGUCAAUUUUCUCAAGUCCAUCGAGGAUGCCCGCCUCAUCAAGCAGAAAGUGUUGCGGAAUCUGGAAUUGGCAUGUCUUCCCACUACCACUGACGAAGAGAGGAGACGACUACUUUCGUUUGUCGUCAGUGGUGGUGGCCCGACCGGAGUCGAGUUCGCAGCCGAACUGUAUGACAUGUUGAACGAAGACCUGCUGCGCUCUUUCCCCAGAAUCCUGCGAAAUGAGAUCUCGGUGCACAUCAUCCAGUCUCGGGGACACAUUCUCAACACCUACGACGAAGCCUUGUCUGUGUAUGCUGAGAAAAGGUUCGAACACGACCAGGUCGAGGUUUUGACCAAUGCGCGGGUCAAGGAGGUCGAGCCGGACAAGAUCAUCUUCACUCAAAUGGAAGACGGAAAACCCGUGACCAAGGAGCUACCCAUGGGUUUUUGCUUGUGGUCCACUGGCGUUGCGCAAACCGAUCUUAGCAAGAAGAUUGCCGCGAAACUAGGAAGUUUCCAAACCAACAAACACGCACUAGAAACCGACACCCACCUGAGACUACUCGGUGCGCCGCUUGGCGACGUCUAUGCCAUUGGAGACUGCGCCACGGUGCAGAACAACCUCGCCGACCACAUUACGACCUUUUUGAGAGGUGUAGCCUUUGAGAAGGGCAAGGAUCCGGACAAAGUACACCUGACCUUCCAGGAGUGGCGCGAGGUGGCUCAAAAGAUCCGCAAACGGUUCCCCCAGGCUGCUGCGCAUUUGAAACGCGUCGAUAGACUGUUUGAAGAAUACGACAAGGACAAGUCCGGCACGCUCGACUUUGGAGAGUUGCACGAGCUCUUGGUGCAGAUUGACAAUAAACUAACCUCGUUGCCCGCGACGGCGCAAAGGGCAAAUCAACAGGGUCAAUACCUCGGCCGAAAAUUCAACAAGAUCGCCGCUGCCAUUCCUGGAUUCAAGGCGAACGAAGUCGACUUUGGCGAUCUCGACGAGGCCGUGUACAAGGCCUUUGAGUAUCACCACCUCGGUAGUCUGGCGUACAUUGGGAACGCGGCGAUUUUCGACUUCAAUGGACUCAACUUUAGCGGCGGCCUGAUGGCCGUGUACCUCUGGAGAAGCAUUUACUUUGCCGAGAGUGUGAGCAUCAGGACGAGAUUACUCCUUGCUAUGGAUUGGACAAAGCGUGCCCUUUUCGGAAGAGAUUUGAUGAGUACAUGA